AUGAAAAUAGUAUUCUAUUUACUUGCUCGUAGGUAAGAUUUGUAUUUACUUGCUCAUAGGCGAGAUUUGUAUUUACGUGCUAAGUGUUCUGUUAUAUUGUACAUUUUGACUUAUUUUUAAAGUUGAAUGAGGAUAUGAAUGAAGAUAUACAGCCAGGCUAUCUUGUACACUGCAUUCGUUUUCACCCGUGUUUAAAUUCCUAUGUUAAAAUUACAUUCAUAAUCUUAUGGAUGCUUGUGCAGUUCCUGGGAGAGUCCGUGUAGCUGUAAGGCUCCGACCACGAAAUGCGGAGGAAUUGGUGGCAGAUUCAGAUUUCGCUGACUGUGUUGAAUUGCAAUCAGAGGUAGUACUGGUGCAUCAUCUUUUUUACUGCAUGCAUUUAAAGGAAAGGAAACUUAUUAGCCAAAGAUCUCUGUUAAUUUGUGGUCUCGUGUAGAAAACUAUGCUAUUGGGUGGAUGGUUUUUGUUAGCUAAUUUCAAUUCUUUUUAUCCUGUGUUUUAGCUUAAAAGGUUAAAGCUGCGUAAGAAUAACUGGGAUUCAGACACCUAUGAGUUUGACGAGGUGCUAACAGAGUUUGCAUCACAGAAACGUGUGUAUGAAGUAGUGGCAAAACCAGUUGUUGAGGUAACUUUUUUCUAACCAUUUCUCAUUACUUCAUGUUCAAGUUUUGCUAACUGCUGAUGGCCAUUAUUUGGAAAGGAAGAUCAGCUGGCAUUUGUUAGUGCUUUAAAUGUUUGACGUGAUAUUGCUUUCAGUUUUGCGCUGACAGUCUGGUAAUAUUGAAUGAUUUGGUUAUUUUGAUUGACUUCUCAAAUCUUUUAUUGAUAAGCGCUAAACAAGCCUUAAUUCCUGCAGUCAAUUUUAUGAUUGAGAUUUAAUUCUUCUCAGUAUGAAUUUAAAGCAAUGUUCAAAUCGUCGCCACCAUUUUUUUGUAUAUAUUGUAAUUGAAAUCUGAGGUAACUUUUCUCAAAGUUUUCUUUCAUACUGUUGCUUUCAUUAUUUGUCAUAAAUAUAUCGUUUAUAUUUGUAAGUGUGUCGCUGAUAGUGUGGGAAAGAACAUUCAUAAAACAUUGCUCUCUAACAAAGUGCUCAGAGAGUUUGAAUUUAUUUGGGCCGUUAUCAAUGGACAUACAACUCAAUGUGGUUAAAAAUGGGCCCUAUCUGGCAACAGAUGCAUUAAUUUUGAACUGACUUGGCUUUUACGUUAGUUAAUGCUACGAUAUUGUAGUUCUUGAGCAUAAGCGUUUCUGUAAUUAAGAUUAUCAACGUACUGAUCUUGAUCCACGCUGUCAUUUCUAAUGUGUGCUAAUGUUUACUUAUGUUUAUCACAUAGACGAAUAAUCCUUACCAUUAUUUAAGAUUUUUGUGAAGCUUAUCUGCUUGUACUGAAGAUUUUAGUGUGUAGGGCAUAUUGCAAUUGGGGUGCUUUUGGAGCAAGUCAUUAGUCUGGUGCAGAAUAUUGUAGUCUUCUUGGUGAAGCCUACAAAUUUUAAUUGCUUCUCACCUUGCUUGACAAUUACGAUGCAUUUUUUCUUAAAUUGGAGAGAAAAUCAUACGAUACCCUUAUUACCACUGGGCUGUUAAGUUUCAAGUAUGUAUCUAUUUUCUUGUUUAAAAUGUCCUCGGUGCAAUCUUGUUCAUUUUCAUCUCUUUUUUUAGUUAACCAUAAAUAUUGUCUUUCCCAGUUUGAAAAAUAAUUUGAAUUUUCUACUCAAUCGAUGUUUUUGUGAUUGCAUGCAAAUAUUUGACGUCUUUCACCCGAGUGACGUGCAGUGAGACGCUGUUGUUGGUAACUGGAGACCGACGUGCAAUGGGAAUGCUAGACAUGUUUUUGGAAAAAAAAAUAAAAAAUCUUUGGAAACACUUUGUGGCAGUCAUUGAUUAAAUGCCCUUGAGGCUGACCCAUUUGAGUGAUUCAUCCAAACGAAGAUACUUCUCUGAGUUAAUAACUGGCGUGAAUUUGAGCAACACAGUGCACGAAUGAUAAUUUGAUUGCUUGUGAAAUAUUCUAGAAGAAUUGUUGUUCAGUGAGUUCUUGGUUUUGGAUGUUUUGCUUAAAUAAUGCAAGUAGGAUGGUACGAUCAAGUUUAAAUGAUCAUGGUUUGAUAGGCUCUAAAGAUUGCAAGAUUAAAGUUUUACCCAUCAUUUUUCUUAUCCUUCCGAUUUUCUCAAGUUUCUUUUCCCAACGUUUUGAAUAUUUCUGUAGUGUAGCUGAACUCUUCAGGAUUGUGCCCAGGUCGCACGAUCUAUUUUUAGAUGCUUCUUGUCCUUUUGCCUUCCUCUUGGCAAUUCCUUCAGGUUUAAUUAUAUCUUCAAAUGAUAAAUGUUAGUUUGGAUUGAUCAUCUCAGAUGUUCUGAUGUUUUCUUAUAUAUUUAUACAAUCUCUUUACCAGUUUAUCUAUCUAUGGUUCUCUCCUCCCAUUCUCCUCCUCGUGGUCCCCAGUUUCAUUAGAAUCUUAAAUUUGUGCACAAGCUGAUAUAGCCUAGAAGCUAGAAUACGUGAGGACAGUCAUUUACUUUGUUGAUACGUUUUGGUUAAAGCUGUACAAUAAUAUCUAUUAUACAGAGAUAACCUAAUCAUUAGUAUUUAAUUUGUUUGGCGCCAAUUUUUCUCAUUGAAUCUUGAAUCCCAUAAUUUUCAUGUCACCUUGCAGCUGUUAUCUUUGUUUAUGCCAGUUUUGCCUUCUUGUACAUGAUGACUUUUCUUCUGUGCAGAGUGUUCUUGAGGGAUACAAUGGUACGAUUAUGGCUUAUGGACAAACUGGUACCGGGAAAACUUUUACCCUUGGGAGACUUGGAGAGGAAGACACUGCAGCCCGGGGAAUCAUGGUCCGUUCUAUGGAGGACAUUCUCUCAGACAUUUCUCCAGAAAAUGAUUCCAUAUCUGUCUCCUACUUACAGGUUGUUCACCUACCAGGCUCAGCAGUAGUCAGUUAUGUUUGCUAACAAUAAAUCUAAUAUCUUGAUCAUAGUUAAGUCUCAUUUAGCAAGUUUUUCAGAUAUCGAUAUUUUAUAUCGGCUAAAGGUUUCCUUCUAACAAUCAUUUGCAGCUUUACAUGGAAACGAUCCAAGAUCUCCUUGUUCCUGGAAAUGAUAAAAUUGCCAUAGUUGAAGAUCCAAAAACAGGGGAUGUUUCGGUACCUGGAGCAACUCUAGUAGAAAUUAGAGACCAGAGGAGCUUCGUAGAUCUUCUGAGGCUGGGGGAGGCUCAUCGGUUUGCUGCCAAUACGAAGCUAAACACUGAAUCUUCUCGCAGUCAUGCUAUUCUCAUGGUAAUAUUGCUAAACUGAAAGCAGUUUGCUAGGUAAUGCUGCUAGAUCUAGCCGAACAUUUUAAUUAUGCUUAGAUGAAAAUUUCCAUGUCGUGCAGGUGCAUGUGAGGAGAUCUGUGAAGCCAAGGCAUGAAAGAGAAGCAUCUAUCUCAUCUUUAGAUAAUGGGACUUCCUCUCCUUUGGUUAAAUCGUUGAGACCUCCAAUUGUUAGAAAAAGCAAGCUUGUAGUUGUAGACCUUGCGGGCUCAGAAAGAAUAGAUAAAUCAGGUAUGGUAAGCACCAGGUUUUUUACGUUUUCUAGUGUGUUUAGUCUGUUGGUUGAUUUUGUCUAUUUUUAUGUGGAUCCUUCGUGGUAUGUCUCUUCCUUUUUCGUUAUCCUUGCAUUUAAAUUCACAGAGGAAAAACAAUGAUUCGUGGUAUGCCGUUGACUCUUUGCUAACUUCCUCAUGAUAGGAAAUGGUUUGCUGGAUCUUUAUAUCAUUCAUCAAAUUUGUACUUUUGUUUUGGAUGCUAUAGUGGAAAAUGAUAUGUUGUUAUUAUUAACUAAAAAACAUUUAGAUGCUAGAAGCUUGUGGUAGAAUCAUCAUGUUUUAAGAGUGGUUUUGGAAUUGGCAUAAUCAGAUAAAAUAUCUGGUUUGGUAAGAAUGCGAACUUUUGGUAAUUUUUGUCAUAGCAUGUACCAUGGAAAAAUAAUGUCGUGGGCACUUCCCAAAUAGUAAUCGGAUAAUUGAUCUAGAAUGGUUCGGUAAUCAGCUGAUCUUGAUGUUUAAAAUCCACUACUCGAUGUUAAUUUUCAGAUGAUAAUAUGCACACCUCAUGAGGCGAAUGAGCUUUUCCAGUUUAAGUUGGUAUACAUGUAGGUUUGAGCAGUAACUAGAUAGAGGAUCCAUAACUGGUCUUUUUCUAAUGGAGUAUGGCAAUGUACCUACAUCAGUAUGCUAAUUUUUUUUUAUAUGUAUAUUCAUUGUUGGCCGCCCCAAUUGUACUCAAGGUUAGAAUAAAACUGCUACAAACAUUCUGGAGAUCAGGAUAUUGAGGUGACGGGCCGGUUUGCUGCAUUCAGUACCUCAUCUCACACAACCUUUUAAAUUCUUGAAGGGGAUGGUUGCCACACAAAAGUGGUUGGACAUGUUUAGUGAAUUAUGAUGUCUCUUGUUACGAGUUAAAAUACUUGUUUUUUUGUAGCAGAUAAUUUUUUAUUAAUUCUCUGUUGCAUUUGAUAUUUUUUUCUGAUUUUAUUUUUUAGUAUAUUAGCUCAACUCAUUUUUAUCGUAAAAUCUUCAACUUUCUUCAUUCCUGUAUUCCACAUCGUGCAAAUGGUUUUCUUUUUGUCAGGUUGUAUUGAUUGACUUGAGAACCUGGAAUUUUCUUAUUCAACAGUUGUCGUAGUGCUCCAAUGCCAUUCAUUUAGGGUCAAUAAUUGUUGAGUGUUUUCUUUGUUAACCAUCUAAUAUGCUGUUGGCUGCAGGAAGUGAGGGGCACACACUGGAGGAAGCGAAGUCUAUCAAUCUUUCACUAAGUGCACUUGGAAAGUGCAUUAAUGCACUUGCAGAAAAUAGUCCGCAUGUGCCGUUUCGUGAUUCAAAGCUUACAAGGCUGCUUCGAGAUUCAUUUGGUGGUGAGAUAGUGUUAAACUUGCGAACUUUUCGUUUUUAGUGGGAUUUUAAGUGCUAGUUAUCAAAGUAGUCAUGUUUUGAUGGUCCUUUAUGGUUGAUUGGACACAUCCUUGUUUUACGGAUGGUGGUUUUCAUAUCUUUAGAUUUGAAUUCUUGCAAAAUUUCAUGAUUUGAUCAUCUAGAUCGUUCACAUUUACUUAUUAUCUUUUGACGUUUCAUUUUUUUUUAUUUUGAAACAUGGAUGUUUCUUUAUGCUUACAUUGGAGCUUUUCUAUUUAUUGUGCUUUACUAUCUUGGCCUAAUGGAAAAAUCGAAGCAAUAGUAUUUGUCAUAAACAAUUAUUUAUUUUGUAAAAUUUCCAUGUCAUUUUUAUGGGCACAAUUUUUGGGGCCGUUGUAUGUUAUUUGGUAUUAUGCUAUUAAGAAGAAAGAUACCAGUAGAGUAUGGAAAAGAUUUAAUAAUUGGCUUUAUAAAAUUUGUUGGUUUAGGAUUGCAUUCAUGUAGAGGAUAUUGCCACUAGCUCAAUUUUAUUGCCCAUAACCACAUGGAUUGUGUUACCUUGUAUGUUGCAUUUGUGUAGCAAUGCAGAUCCAUGGAUUGCCCUUCUAUUCAAGCAUGUCUGACUUGUUGGUUUCAAGUAUGUUUGUCUAAUGUCUGCAUUGGGUGAUCAGGAACUGCCAGGACAUCAUUGGUGAUAACUAUUGGCCCAUCACCGCGCCAUAGAGGGGAGACUGCCAGUACCAUUAUGUUUGGGCAGAGGGUACUGUUCUCAUUCUUCGUCAACCAUGUUCUUCUGUCUCAAAAUUUUGCUCAUAUUUUCUUAUAACGAUUUGUUGGGUUCAUGUUUAGUUCAGAGGCUGUCAGUAAGUCGUCUGUGUCACUGUUUUUACUUUUAAAUAUCUUGCGUGGAUGUUCUAAUUUUACAUUGAAAUUUUUUUGUAUGUUCUCUCGUUUUAAUUUAAGUUGUCAAAUGAUUCGUAUUUCGGUUUUUUUCCUCCCAAGGGCUAUCUGCCAUAAUGAUAUCUGUGACUCUUUUAGUUGAGUGAGAAGAAACGUAGAUUUGUUUUCCGGGAUACAGUUCUCAAGGUUUUUUUGGCACGGAUGUCAGAUAGUUCUCUUGGAUGUUGGAUAUGCAAAAAAAGAUUUUUCUACUCUUACCGGCUUGCCGUCUCAUUCUGGUUAGUGAAUUGUACUGGUUGGAUUUUAUAGGAUGCAAUGUUGGAUAGGUUUACCUAAAUGAGGACGCGUGGUGAUUGUGGUGACUUGAUGAAAUUUCUUACUUAUCACAUGAAUCACACAUGAGUCAUUUUGAGUUAACUUACUCAAAAAAGUCAACCCUUUCAAGAAAAAGCCUGGUUGGAACCAGUCCAGACCACUUUACAUUUCUUAAAGCUGGUUGCUGUCAUUUGGGGAAGAUAAGUGGUUGAAAUUAUGGAAGAAGAGAAAAAAGGGUGGAAUAAGAGAAAUUUUUGGUGGUGCUGCUUGCUCUUGUCCAAAGAAGCUUAUCAAUAGCAUGCAAUGAGAGGAACCGGCAACAUUAGAUUGAAUUUUCAGUAGAUCGAUUGGGACGGGAAAAUACAUGUAAAUGAAGGGAACCGGCGGAUGUGAGAAAGGUGUCAAAAUCAUCUGCGUAGGGUCAGAUUGGACUUUAUCUUCUUGUCCUGUCUCCAUGCAUAAUGGAAGAAGCCAAGAAUAACUCAGUUACUUGUGAAAUAUUUCCAUUCUGCCUUAAUUAUACCCACCCUGUAAAAACGAUACUCCAACUGAUGAAUUUUUCAGCAUCGGAUGUGAAGGCUCUGGUGGGUGCCUCAGUUCCUUCCUGUUCCCAGAGCAGAGGCACAAUAAACUGCUGAAGGCUGUUUUUUUGGGGAGAUGUGCUCUUUUUGUUCUCUUGCUGUUGUGGCCUCAACACAAUUCUGGCAUGGCAAUUCUCUCUUCUUUUCCGUGCGGCCUGUGAUGUUUCGAUCCUUUAUUUCUGCCUUUCUCUCUUUUUUCUAGGGGCUCCCGGAUCUAUUUGUCAAAAAAAAAUUAGUGGGUUUUUUGGCUAAUGCCUUUGUUUAAAAACAUCUGCAGUUUCGGCAUGUCUUUUGCUAGUUCAGUUAUUACUUCUUUGGUCAAAAAAAGAAAAAAAAAGAAAAGUUGGAACCCUGAAGUCCCGUCCUAAAGGCCGAGGGCUAUUUUUACGAUGUGAAUACAGAUAUCUAUUCUAACCAGUCACUCUUAUCCAAAAGGAUAGGGACUACCCAGUGUAUCACUCGUGUUUAUCCUAUACUCCACUCAAUCCAAGUCUCCCACAAGGAUGGAUGUUCAAGGGUAUUUGCAAAAUGAUUUCCUUGAUCGCCUUUCUAUCGCUUAUACAUAAACCUUUCAAAGGUCUCAAAGGCUUAUGUCCUGUGUUUUUUCUGCUUCGACUGAGGCCAAUGUUAUGUCCUGUGUUUAUUCUUCUCUGUACCUGCCGCUGUUUCUUCUUCUUUUACUUCUUAUUUCUCACGUCGGUUUGGUAUUGUCACUUGUAUCCCCUUGCUUCUCCAUUCAUUGUUACUCUCUGCUCAUGGCGGAUGAAAUCGAGGUUGGGAUGGGGGUUAAAAACAUAUGCUUAUCUUGGAGUUCCAUUUCAGCUCUUGGUAGCGUUUUUGGUUUCAUUACUUUCUUUCUGCUUUGAUUGCCUGCUUCCUUUUCACUUUAGGGGAUCAGCUGAUUAGUUUUUCGUUUCCUCUGCUAUGAAACGUGUUUAAUUCACUCCUAGAAAGGGCUCGAUGAAUAUGAACUCUAAACUUUUUUAGUAUUUAUGUCCCUCUGAGUAUUGAUAUAACAUUCCAGGCAAUGAAGGUAGAGAACAUGGUCAGACUAAAGGAGGAAUUUGAUUACAAAAGCAUGUGCAGAAGGCUUGAGAUCGAAUUAGAUAAAUUAGUUGCUGAGAAUGAAAGACAACACAAAGAUUUUGAGGAUGAACUGGAGAGGAUAAAAGUAGAAGCACAGAAUCGUGUAUCUGAGGCUGAGCAAAGCUACAGUACUGCAUUAGAGGUAUUGUGCCCACAAAUGUCUAUUUUCCUCUGGAUUCUUUGAGAGUAUAGCUGAUUUUUUUGUAAAAAUGAUCUUGUUGUAUUGUUAGAAUGAUUUGGUGGUAAUCACUGUUUGGUGCUGUUCUCUUCUUAUUUUAGCUUUAUGUGGUGGACAGAUUGGCAUUUAUUUUGAUAAUAGACUUGUUUAUGUAAUCCUUAUCUUGUUCGGAUGUAUUUCUCUUCUUCUUUAUUUGUGGUAAAAUAUUUUCAUCUGCAGCAGGAAUGAUAAUUUAUUUUGCAUUAGUCCUUGGUUUAUUGGUAGUUUUUUUGCAUUGAUUUUUCCGAAUCUCAAAUCUUGAUGCUAUGCCUGCUCAUAACCUUGAAAACUACCAUCUGUCCAUACUGAACAAUAUUCAUGAACCAACUACAUAAAAUUUCUUGCUCAGCAGAAAGAAUAGAUCCAAUGCUAAUCUAUCUGAAUCCAUAUCGUCCAAUUCAACUUAUGCCCUCUUCUUCCCUAUUCAAGGAUACGAGGUGAUUUGGGAACCAUAUCGUGAUGUCGUGUUUUGAAUUCUUAGAUGUGUCAGACCAAUUCAGCAUGAUUUUUGGGUUAAUGCUUGUCUGUGGCGCAUUAUCACCAUUUCUCCAGUUCCAUAUUUUUCAUCUUUAAAUCUGUGGCUGUAUUGUUUUACUUUGAGACUAUUUAUUGAUUAACAUCGAUUUUUGGAUUUUUUCGUUUUUAUAGAAAAAAUAGAAUAAUCUAGGUCUUUAGUAAUUUUUCGUUGUGAAAGCAAAGAGGGAGGAAUAGAAUAAAAUAAUUUGUUCAGAAGAUUCUGCGUUCUCCCAAAAAGGAUUUCAAAGCAUCUGACUUAUUCUUCGGGUAACAAAGCUGGAGUGGCACUUAAUGUAAUCGAAGAAAGCUGAUUGAUAAUUUAUAGACGUGCCACUUAAGGUAAACAGGUUAGGGUGUUAAUCUAGGAACAGAUCCAGUUACUCAAAUACUCCACUUUUAUUUCCUUAAUCUUUCUGUUUAUGUCGUCAUAAUCUUCCCACUAACUUUUUCCCGCGUUAUCCUUGGAUUUAAUGUACUUUGACAUUGUGCCUCGUGUUCUUAUAAACUUCUGACGGCAGAGUAGGGCUUCGUUCAUUAUCAUGGUUUGUCUAUUGAACGUUUGAGUUGAAGAACGAUAGACUCCCAUUCAUGAGAAAUCUAGGGAUUUCAUAUCAUUGUCCCAGAGAGAACAGGAGAUUAGCUUCUUGUCACCGUAAGAAAGAUGGAAAAAGGUGUUUAAGUAUGUGCCAGAACAAUGAUGAACUUUCUCAUAUUGUAUAAAAUUUAACUUAUACUGAGAUUUUUUUUCCCUAGAAUUUGUUUGAUGUUCGGUGCUGGUCGUCUUAGCUACCAUUUUAGGGUUAAGUUUAUUACUGCAUGUGGCUAUAUCUAUUUUUCCUUGCAAAGUCUUUUUCUUGUCUUUCUGAAGCACUAAAUUUUUCAUAAGAAAUUCUUCAUUUCGUUAUUUUGUAGAAUGAAAGGUUUAAAUAUCAAAAAGAUUAUUUGGAAUCUAUUAAGAAACUUGAGGAGCAGUGGAUGAUGAAGCAGCGGAUGCAUGGUAAUCUGAAAAGUGAAGUUCAACCCAGAGAUUACUUGGACAAGAACUGUAAUGGAGAGGUUUGUGUUUUUCCUUAGCCAAAAUGUUUUUCCAUUUUCUUUAUCUAGUAGGUGAUGCGUUCGUAUGACAUCUUUUUUCAUUAAUUUCUGCUAAUGAAGGACUCCAUAGUUUCAUUUAGUGGUCCUAAUGUAAUUUUGCUUGCGUCAAACGGACUUCUACUGGAUAGGGGAAUGAAUUCAUAGCUCUCGAAUUAUUUGUUAAUUUUUUCUCCUGAUCAAUUAAUAGAAAAGUUGCAAUAUCUGUGUUGGCAAGGAAUAUGUUUGCGAUAUUUUUAGGACAACUCCCAAACUGCUAUUAUCUGUAUAUGCCUGGUCAAAAGUUUUAUUUGCUGAGAUUAGCAAUCUGGUAGUCGACACCAAUAGCCCCCAUAUUUAAAGAUACCAAUGAUGAUAUAUUUCCCAGGAUUUUGAUGGGGUCUUAUUCACGGCUGUGGAAGUUUUUUCCCAUUAUUGUUAUUUUUCUUUAUUUUUACUGGUCAUGUGCCUUGGACAUGGUUGAGUCGUUGCUUUUCUAAAGUGAUCUGAUAUUCUUGAUUGAAGGGUCCAACUUCGUCUGUCUCAGAGGAGGUUUCUGAAGUGAAAGCAUUGCUUCAGAAGGAAGUACUUGCGAGAAAAUCCGCAGAAGAGGAGGUUAAGAAUCUUAGAAAUCAAUUGGCACAGCUGAAGAGGACUGAGGUAUGUCAACCUAUUGGUAUCUGGAUGCUGCAUCUCUAACUCAAAUUAAUUUAAGGAUCUUGUCGCACAUGAGAGACUUCAUCUCAUUACAGGCAACUGGAAGCACUGAAAUCCUAAAGCUCCAUAAAAUGCUGGAAGAUGAAACGUAUCAAAAAGGUAGACUCGAAGAGGAGAUCGCUAUGCUCAGGAGCCAGUUGUUACAAUUGAGUCUUGACGCUGACGAGGUAUGAGGAUGUUUGUGACGGAUAGAUACUUCCAUGAAUUUUGAAUAUUUCCUUGAUGCUUUCUUCUUUCAUAUAUGCGUGCGAUCUAAUAUCCGUUGUCUAUGCCAAGUCCCGCUUCAUUUUAUGAUUAAAAUUUAGGAAAAGAAAUUAUUUGUUUAGAUCACAUUCGGAUUCUUCUUGUAUUUAGACUAGGAGGAGUCUUGAGCGCAGUGAGCCGGGAAAAGUUUCCAAUGGCCUGGAGUCUUUCAUGUCCCAAGCCAGGCGACCACAAGUCAGAGACUCAGGAAAUGGACAGAAGGCCUACAUUGCUAAACUAUUUGAGCAAGGUGACUUCUAGUUUUGAUUACUGUAAUGUUUGCAGUGGGACUACAGAAAAUUAUCUUAUUCUAAUUAUUUUUUAUCAUAUUUAUGACUCCUUAUUUUCAAAAAUGGCAGUGGGACUACAGAAAAUCUUGUCAUUGCUUGAGUCUGAAGAUGCUGAUGUUCGGAUCCAUGCGGUUAAAGUACUUGCAAAUCUAGCAGCUGAAGGUAGAUCAUGUGGUUUUGAAUGUGGCUACAUUUUUCAUCCCCUGUUUACAAGUUUUUUGAAAUGAGCCUGACAUUAACAACGCAUUUAUAAUAUUUUUUAGAAAGUAUACGGGUAAAGUGCAGUUUCUCGUCUGCCGUUUUAUUUUGCCAUCGAUCCCCAUAGAUUGUUAACAAAGGAUGACAUUAUUUCGUUAGGGUUUUUGUGUACUUCCCUUAGGUACAUUGCUCUUUACAAGUGUUAAAAUUCAAAGGACUCGAUCCAAAUUAUGCAGAAAAUUGAAUCCUUGAGUUCUAUCCUUUCACAAGUGUACAUUCCCUCUCGGUGAUCUUAUAUUUUCGUGUAGACAACACAGUACUAGGCUUUGAGAAUUUCUAUACUUAUUAUCAGUAGGUUUUUCCAAUUUUGGACAUACGAUUAAUAUGCGUAUAACAGAGUUAUAUUGUAAAGUUGGAUGCUGUAGAGUUUUGGGCAGUUGAGGAGGCAUGCAUCAACGAGCUUCCUGUUAACAUACGUUUGUGCGCUGAGCAUAGCGGUGAUAAGAUCUUAAGAGGGAGGAUAAAAAUUGAGCAUUUCAGAUGAAGUGUUCAUGGUGUUAUUGUCCUCCCAGGUCCAAACCAAUGCCAGAUUGACGGUUUUGGUGAUAUAUAUUGAGUUUCUAGAUGUUUUUUAAUUGUUGAUUCUUGUGCAUUAAUUUUUAAUACGUUCAGUAGAUUCUGACUAGAGAAUCUCAAUGCCUGUGGAUCCGCAACAGCUGCUUUAACAACAUUAUCUGGGCCGGAUUAAUAACCUCGAUUCACAAGUCACACUUGCUCCCAUUUAACGUGAUUAUUGCUGGUUCUUUGUUCCCUCAGUGAUUCUUGCUCUUCCAUUGGUGCAAUCUUGCGGGUCUUGAAUGAUAAAACUUCCAAAGAGAGUCAUUUGUCUAUUUUAUUGGGAACCACUUUUCUUUUAGGUUCUUUGGGCAUAAAUAUACUGAGCCCAUUAACAUAUAAUGAAGAAGAGAAGGUUAGCUCCCAUGGUUAACAAAGUAUUACCGCUAUCAUGGCGCUUCAUAUCAGCUUGAAGUGGGUUAGCGUUCACAAGUUUGUAGCCGAAAGUGAAUGAUUUUUCACCGAUCUUUAUAUUUUUUUUACUAUUUUACCUUCGGAAAAUUAUAAUAAAAUGAAGAUUUUGGAAGCGACGGCCCUUUUACAAGAAGGCUUCUUUGGGCCGCUGAAAGCAUUCUUAUUUGCCCCAUAACCCCGCAGAAGCAAAUCAGCAAAGGAUCGUGGAAGCUGGGGGCCUAUCGUCCUUGCUGAUGCUCUUGAGAAACUCUGAGGACGAGACAAUACGGAGAGUUGCAGCCGGCGCCCUUGCCAACCUUGCAAUGAACGGUAAAAUACACUCUGUUCAUUCAUGGGAAAUCUUUCUCUUUAAGGUAAUAAUGCCGUUCUCUGUGGCAUGAUAUGGGAUUUCUCUCUCUCUAUGACAUUUCUUUCUUCUUUAGAAACCAACCAGGAGCUUAUAAUGUCUCAAGGGGGCAUCACCCUGCUGUCGAUGGCGGCCACCAAUGCUGAGGACCCCCAGACUCUCCGGAUGGUCGCCGGGGCCAUUGCUAAUCUCUGCGGCAACGGUAUAAUCCCAUGCUUAUAUCCUGCAAAUAUUUCCUUUUUCUCCAAAGUUUAUACUUACCACUAUGAAGAUGAUUGAGAAUAAUAGUCAAAGGCAUCCUCUCCCACACAUUCAUUUGGUUUCUCUCGCUCCUUUUCUAGUGUCAAUACAAAUACACGCGUAUUUAUCUAUUCAUUUAUUUAUUUAUUUGCUUGCCUGAGGAAUUUUGCAUUUGUUCUACAGAUAAAUUACAGGCAAAGCUCAGAAGCGAAGGAGGCAUCAGAGCAUUGCUUGGGAUGGUUAGGUGUGGGCAUCCUGAUGUUCUUGCGCAGGUUGCCCGUGGAAUCGCAAACUUUGCAAAGUGUGAGUCGAGGGCAUACACUCAAGGUAAUCAAUGAUGAUGAACGUUGACCCUGUCGAGAAAAGUCAAUGCUCUAAUCGUGCUCUCUUUUCCUCUUUUUUUUUUCUUUUUUCCUGUAUUUUUUUUUUGAUGUUUUAUUUUUAGUUCGUCCCCAAUUUUCUCCAAAUUUCUUUACUCUUCGAUUUUUUUCGAGGAUUUUAUGGAUUAUUAUAACCAAAAAUAUCGUCUCACUUCUCUUCGAUUCGCUUCGUUUCAUCAAGUUUUUUUCUGAACGGACCAAAAAAAAAAAAAAAGGAACAAAAAACGAGUAAAAGAAAGUGUUCAUUCAUUCAUCACGACCCUACCGCAUUCGUGCCUUUGCAGGUAACAAGAGCGGAAGAUCCCUCCUCAUCGAAGACGGAGCUCUUUCUUGGAUCGUCAAGAACGCCAACAACGAGGCCUCACCGAUCAGGCGCCACAUCGAGCUCGCCCUCUGCCACAUCGCCCAGCACGGUGAGUCAACGCGCUUCUCUCACAAUCAAAAUUUCCGUUCCUGUCCGUGACGGCAGUCUCCUGCCCCUCCGGCUCCUCAGAAGUCAAUGCCAAGGACAUGGUCAACGAGGGCGCGCUUUGGGAGCUCGUCCGCAUCUCCCGCGACUGCUCCCGCGAGGACAUUCGGAGCCUCGCCCACCGGACGUUGACCUCCAGUGCUACCUUCCUGACGGAGCUGCGGCGGCUGAGGAUCGAGUGCUGA